CGCUGACGUCGAACAUAGAGCAUAAUACAGCUGAAAAUUGCGAAGCAAAAUAAAAACACAACAAGAAACUUUUUAUGUGGAUGAAAGUUUCAUCAAUAAGGACGUCAUGCAGUGUCCGGUCGGCGACGAUGCGAUCAGAGCGACCAACGACGACGCCAGCGAGUGCAAAAGAUGUGCCAUCAACCUCGGCUACUGGCAGGACAAGUUCAUCAAUUUCUUUGUAAAGGCAGGAGAGAGGAAGGCUCCAGAAAUCAACAGAGGCUACUACGCUCGCUGCACGGCCGUCGGUCUGCUCAUCGAGCAGUUUAUUAAGAGAGUCGGCGAGGAAUGUCAAAUAAUUAACAUUGGAGCUGGCUUCGAUACCCUCUACUGGAGACUCAAGAGCAACGGCCUGCUGGUCAAGAACUUUGUUGAAAUGGACUUUCCGAAUGUGACGGCCAAGAAGUGUUAUGCAAUCAAAAGGAACAAAACUCUUCUUGAACAAAUCCACUCUGAAGACGGAGAAGUCAAAUUCAGCCCUACCGAUCUGCACUCGGCUAAUUAUCACCUCGUUGGAGUUGACUUAAGGCAGCUGUCCAAUGUCCAGAAAAAGUUGGUGGACAGUGAGAUCGACUGGUCGGUGCCCACCCUGCUGCUGGCCGAGUGUGUCCUUGUCUAUGUAGAACCAGAGCACAUCAGGUCCCUCCUUUCCUUUUUGGCAUCUCAACUUGCGUCUGCCCUUUUUGUCAAUUACGAGCAAGUCAACAUGGAUGACCGCUUCGGACAAAUCAUGUUGUCCAACUUGAGGGCUCGUGGGUGCGCCUUGGCCGGAGUUGAGGCCUGCAGAGACCUUGCGUCCCAGCAGCAGAGAUUUCUGGACACUGGUUGGGACGGUUCAAAAGCGUGGUCCAUGGAGGAGAUCUGGAACAUGUUGCCUCGGGAAGACAGAAACCGGAUCGAGAAAAUCGAGUUCCUCGACGAGACGGAGCUGCUGCAGCAGUUGUUUCAGCACUACUGCAUUUGCAUUGGCUGGAAGGAUCGAGGACAAGAGUCACUCUCCCUCGCUGACCUCCGGAUCGACCCUUGAAUUGUUGCAAGUCUGAUUUUUUGAAAGUCUGUAUUUCAGCCUGUUUUCUAGGAAUGUCUACAUUCACCCUUCGAGCCAUUUGCCAUUGUUAGUUUUGAGCUAGAGUUGUGUUGUUGAUUUAUCAUGAAAUGAUAACUUGCUGAUUUAAAUUACAUCUCAUUCAAAUAAAACUGUACUUAUUAAAAAUGUAAAGUUUCACAACAUGUCUUUCGGCUCACAAACAAGAGAAUAAAAAUCACAUUGUAAUAAUUAAUCAUAUUUUAAUGAAAUGUAAACAGGAAUAAUCAAGAGGUAGAAUCUAUCAACAUAAAUAAAAAGGUAACACAAUCAACGUAAUUAACAAAGU